GUAUAUGAAUGGACAAAGCAGGUAAUAGCCGGAAACAGAGAUGAAGCUGUGGAACUGCGACCAUGGCGCGACGGCUGGGGACGGCUGGGUCAGUAUCUUACGGUUUGGAGUGCUUCUGGGUCAGUCUGUAGUGAGCUGGAGCCACAGAGGGGUGCAGAGGGGGCCAUUCCUUCAAGAAAGAUAUGCGGUCGAUUGAAUCUGAGGAGAGAACCAUGUGGAGACCAG